CAACCUAUUAAUCAAUCCACCAUUUCUAUCAUUUUUGAUCAUCACGGAUCGCUUGUCCGUAGUUUUUAAGGUGCCCUAUUAUUAGGAUCACGACAAUAUCAAUUGCUGCCAUGGUAUGCUCCCAGGUUGAUACUAGCCGCAGAGGAUGCUGAUAAAACAGGUUCGCCCCAUAACUGACGAAGACACGGGCCUCAGGGUCCUUCACAAGCCAGUAGUGGAGGAGACAACUGAAAACCAAGCACCUAUUAUCGAGUAUAAUCUCUACCCUUACGCGAACCUUUCUAUUUUCUCUAACGCGUUUAAGCAUUGUCGCAAUCCAUGGCAUCGGUGCCCAUCCCGUCGAUACUUGGUGUAAAAAGGUCGGCACAGGCGAAACGUCGCACUACGUCAACUGGCUCGAGAAAGAAGACAUGCUACCAUCAGUAGUACCGAAUGCUCGGAUAAUGCGAUACGGAUAUAUGUCUCGGUGGUAUGGGGAUGAUGCUAUCCGCCAGAAGGCAACCACUGUUGCAGACCGCCUACUUAUCUCCUUGAAACGGAAAAGAAGGGUAAGCCGUUAUAUUGCCUUCCUUAAUUCAAAGUACUGAUUUUGUUUCUAGGGCCCUGCUCUCCAAUCGCGGUCUCUUAUCUUCGUCGCUCACUGUUUUGGUGGACUGGCCGUCUUACAGGUUUGAAUGUUUACAUUGUACGAAAGGACUGCCAGCUAAAACACUAUAGGCACUUCUAAAUGCAGAACGUUUUCCCGACGAUUGGCCUGGAAUAUAUUCUGCCACUUGCGGCAUAGUGUUCCUUGGUACCCCUUUCAGAGGGGCGCCUGGAUUAACACUAAGCGAACUUCUCAAGGCUGUCGAUGCUGAAUACCAAGAUACAAUUCAAGGAGAAAUCUUACGGAUACUUGAGCCUGACGAUGAAUCACUGCUUGAGAUGGUACAUGUCUUUGAGAAGAUUCAGGCAAAGUCACUUCAGAGAGCCAAUAUUAUAUGUUUCUUUGAGCAGAAGCCAUGUAAUGUUAAGGCUAUCUUAGGAAAAGAGGAGAAGAAGGUAUGUUACAUCUAAACCUAGGGAAGCUCUAAGACUAAUUAGGAUAGUCAUUUGCUGUUUUGGAAGGUUCCGGUUGCCUUGGUUUAGCGCAGAAAAUCGGACUCCAACGGAAUCAUUUCGAUAUAAACAAAUUUGGGAAGCCUACAGACGAGGAGUAUCUGACGGUAUGUGAUGCCAUAACCGGUAUUGCAGAUGCUGUCCCGAGUAUGGUCUUCUUAGCUCGGUCUUAAUGUAAACUGUCCUAGUUAGCUAAAUAUGAUUAAUAUCUAAUUAUUAAAUAGCCGAACUACUGUCUUCCCGUAGAGGUAAUGAUAGUUAUACAUUUGAUAGAAUACUUGAACAACAGGAUUUUAGUAAGCCUCUCUAUUUCUAUCGCUUUGAUUAGAUUAUCUCUAAUAUUGCGUAAAGCAUGCCUUCGGUCUCUAGCUUUUUUAGAAAUGGACUAUCGACGACACGAUACAUAACGAGCUCAUGCAAAUACAUGUGGCUGGAUUACUAGUCAUUCCUCGUAUACUACCUGGCUUCAGGAAGGCUCUGGAAUUCUCUGGAUCAAGGGCAAGCCUGGAUCGGGGAAAUCUACAUUAUUGGAAUUUCUCCUUCGGCAUUUUAAGAAGCAGGCUCUCUACCAGGAAUCCAUUCAACUUUCCUUCUUCUUACACGGUCGUGGUACUGUGUUACAGAAGAGUCGCCUUGGGAUGUAUCGGUCUCUCUUACAUCAAUUGCUACGAACGGCACCCACUGCUCAAGCUGAAUUUCGCCACGCCUUUCAAGAGCGGUCUAGGAGCCAAGGAGAUCCUGGAGAGGACUGGAACUGGCAUACCAAUGAGCUCCGUACUUUCUUUGUUAACGCUGUUGAGCAUGUUGCGAAAACACAACCAGUUAAUAUAUUUGUCGACGCAUUAGACGAGGCUAACGAUGGUACUAGCGAUCAAAAGACAAGUUAUCAAAUUGUUUCGGAUUUCCAUGACCUGAACGACCUUCUUUGCCGCCAACACCUUAGAUCUACAAUUUGCUUCUCAUGCCGCCAUUUCCCUAUCGUAGCCGAUAAUCAAGGACGUGAUAUCUGUGUUGAGAAUGAAAAUCAUAAAGAUAUCUCAGAUUAUGUUUACGAUGAGCUUCAUAGAAGACUUUCUGUAAAUGAGAUUGAGAAACAAUACCUGGUAGAGCUACAAAAUACCAUUGUCGAAAGAGCACAAGGGGUAUUUCAAUGGGCCACACUUGCGGUUGGUUUAGCAGUUCAACAUCACAAUAAUGGUAUACCAUCAGAUGAGAUAAGCCAGAUGUUGGCAAAGGUCCCUGAAGAGCUAGGUGGUGUCUAUAGACAUAUCCUAAGCGAGGUCGUCGACAAGAACAGUUAUAAGCGAACUCUACGUCUUAUGAGAUGUGUAUAUCUCGCGGAACGGCCUUUAACGGUAACUGAGAUAUAUUUCGCUAUGUAUCUACCAGAUACCGAGGUACUUGGUGUAGAGCCUUCUCGUUUAAAUCUAUCAUUGCCCACAUAUGUGGUGGAGCGGCAAAUUACUAGCCUAUCCGGAGGCCUUAUUGAGCUUAGGCAGCAUGACAAGAAUCAGAUAAUACAGUUUAUUCACCAAUCUGUGAAUGAUUUUAUUUUACGAGAUGGGCUCCAAUUGCUCGACGAGCUGGAUUCUCAAGACCUGAUCGGACAAGGUCACUAUCAGUUGUCGCUUAUUUGUGGAAACUACAUGAAAAUGAGUGAAAUAGUCAAGCAAGAUCGAUGCUGA